AUGGAAGUGUCCAGACUGUGAGUAGUUUUUUUUUUUUUGCACUUUUUGCCACACACCCCCUCCAGAUAUGACAAAAACCGCAAAGACGAAGAGCUGACUCGUUUGGAGGCGCGCAAGAAGAAGCGCGAGGAGAUUAAGGAGAAGUUUGCGAUGGAGCGCAAAAAGCGGCGAAGCGAGAAGAAGAAGGAGAAGAAGCGGAAGGAAGAGGAGGAGGAGGAGAAGGAACCGAGUCCGGAGACGGUGCCACCGCCGGCGUCCGUGAACUUGUUGAUGGUGCCGCAGUAUUGA